AAGGAGAGAUUUUUACAGAUUCAGUGGACGCCAUGGAUGUUCCUAGCUCUUGGGAUGCUUUACGGAAACAGGCUAGAAAGAUUGAAGCUCAGCUUGACGAGCAGAUGCAUUCAUAUCGUAGACUUGUUUCAACUAAGGCUUUAUCAAAGUCAGAUGGUUCAGAGACUGAUCUUGAAGCUGGGAUUGACUUACUUCUUAGGCAACUCCAACAAGUUAAUGCCCAGAUGCAAGCAUGGGUUUCUUCAGGUGGAUCAGAAAUGGUCUCCCAUACUUUAACUCGACAUCAAGAGAUCCUUCAAGAUCUGACACAGGAGUUUUAUCGACACCGGUCCAGUCUUAGAGCAAAACAAGAGCAUGCUUCACUUCUUGAGGACUUUAGAGAAUUUGAUCGGACUAGAUUAGAUUUAGAAGAUGGAUAUGGGUCUGAACAAUCCCUGAUCAAGGAACAUAUGGGAAUCAACCGCAAUACGGCACAGAUGGAUGGUGUCAUUUCACAAGCUCAGGCAACACUCGGUACUCUUGUGUUUCAACGUUCAACUUUUGGAGGCAUCAACUCAAAGCUUAGCAAUGUCGCCAGCCGUCUACCUACGGUGAACACUAUUCUGGCAGCGAUAAAGAGGAAAAAGUCGAUGGAUACAAUCAUUCUUUCACUCGUUGCGGCUGUAUGCACAUUUCUCAUAUUCAUUUACUGGAUAACCAAGUAGAAUUUGCCCAUUCUUUUGUUUCAUCUCUAUGUUGGGCCACGUCUGGUUUUCCCAUGAUGUUAAUUUGUUCUGCAAUUAUCAGUGUUCCAGUAAAGAAUCUAAAGAUCA